AUGCCCCGUGAAGAGUAUCAAGUCCCCACCGCCAACGCCGGCCAGCGCGGCGGCACCCGAGACGACCACCAAGUCCGUCACGUCAUGUCCUAUAUCUGCGGCGACUGCGGCGGCAGCGUCACCCUCGGAAAGGAUGCCACCGUCGCGUGCCCUCACUGCGCAGGUCGUGUUCUCUACAAGGAGCGCACCAAGCGAAUGGUUCAGUUCGAGGCCCGAUAG